AAUUUACCAUACUUCAACGUUUGUCAAAGUCGUCGCGGUUGCUCCAAGAAUUCUCAACCUGCCCACAAGGAAGCUAGCCUAAGGCCCCAGCUGAAUUUGAGGGAGGCAGGUGACGCCUACACACACACGACGGGACUCUGGACUGCUGACCCCUCCACACUUGGAGUCGAAGCACCCCAAACAAAUGGUGUCUUGGCUGCAUCACAUCUGGCACCGUUGCAGUUCCCGACCUCCCCAAAACAGCAUCUAACGCACGUCCUCUAAUUAUCGGAGAUAUCCUCAGUCAAUCAUCGCGCAAUGGACGAAAAGAACCAAGCCGAAUUCCCACGCGCCGCCACCGCCGACCAGUCCAGCUACACCCCUAGCACCAGCAACAUGAGCAACACGCGCACUGGCCGCCGCGGCCUUGCGCGCAUCGUCGCCGCAAUCUUUCUGACGGCAUUUAUAACAUACUACACCUGCUUCCAAUGGUUCGGCAUUAUUCGAGCGGCGCCUUCGUACGCAGGUCAAGGUGCGGGCAACAGCGAAAUCGCCCUCGGCAACAAAGUUCCUCUGGAGGCGCAUAUUAUCAGCAAGUGUCCAGAUACGAGGGACGCCCUCCGAGAACUCAUCCUUCCCGUGAUGCAACGUGUCUCUAACAAGGUUGACUUCAAGCUCUCCUACAUUGGAAAACCAGCUCCCCACGAUGGCGUCCAGUGUAUGCAUGGUCCAUCCGAAUGUAUGGGCAACAUAAUCGAACUCUGCGCGCGAGAACUAUACCCCGAUCCUAAGCUCAGUCUUGGCUUUAUUAUGUGCCUCACUAAGGACUAUAAGCACAUUCCCGAGCGUGCUCUUGUCGAGGACUGCGCCCUGGAGCAUGCUUUGGACUUUGACGCUUUGAACGAGUGCGCCACCCGCGACGACGGUGCUCAUGGACUAGAAAUGCUACGCAACAGUGUCACCAGAACAGCAGAUGCUGGUGUGACAAAGUCCUGCACGGUUCGACUAAACAACGAAAUCUACUGCAUCCGCGAUGGCGGCGAAUGGACCGAUUGCCCUCAUGGCGCUGGCGUCAACGACCUGGUCAUUGCUAUUGAGAAGCUUUCCCGAUCGUCCUAAGCACUUCCCUCUUUCAAGGGACGAAACACCUUCUCCCACAGCUCACUCGCUUCACCAAGCGUGUAACUCAUCGACAACCUAUCCAUACCGUCCU